UUUUUGUAGCGGACCUUAAGUCGCGGCAACCGAGGAGCACGGAAGGAAUAAACCGCGUACCCACUGCUUUAAAGGUGACGCUGUGGCCGUAUGCUUUAUUUUACUUAAAAUAUGCGAGUUUCCUGGUGAACCAAAGAUGCUGUCUGCUGUAUUUAAGAGAAUCCCCGUUGCAACACAAAAGGAUUUUCAUUGGACACUUUGUCGUCAAAGAUGGACAUCCGUCCUAACAGGGGCAUCAAGUGGAUCUGCCUCCUCCAGCUCUUCAGACAGGGAUUUCAAACCUCCUUGUCUGACUGGAUCCUUCCAGAGGGCACAAGCUCAUAACGCUUGUCUUCUUGUGAGGAAUCAACACUUCCACUCCUCUGCUGUGAGGCUGAAGAAGCGAGUAAAACCUGAACCCCCUCCUAAAGAGCUGGACCUGAUGCGCUAUGACAUGAAACACUUGUGGGAAGGACCCAAACCUGCCCUCUGCCUGGGGUUUGCUGGGCUGAUCCCCUUCGUCUCUCCAACUCUGCUCAUGGCUGUAAUGGAGAUCUAUUACCCGCAGCUGGCCUAUGCUCAGGUGGCCUAUGGCGCAGCCAUCGUCUCUUUCCUGGGUGGAGCCCGUUGGGGAUUUGCACUUCCUGAGAGUAGUCCAGCUAAACCUGACUGGCUAAACCUGGCCAACAGUGUGGUUCCCCCCCUGUUAGCUUGUAGUGCCAUGUUGAUGAGUGACAUUGCUUCAGCAGGCACCACGGUCAUCAUAGGGCUGGGAAUCUCUCUGCAUAAUGAUCUGUCUCUGCUGCCAACUUACCCCAGCUGGUUCAAGGCCCUGCGCACCGUCUUGAGCGUGGUGGCUUUCUUUUCUCUGCUUGGCACUCUCGUAAUGAGCGGUUGCUAUCCAGAGAAGAAUCUUUUCUGACAGACAUAAGAUUCCUUCUGCAAGCUCCUCCACAACAAUAAAAGUUUUAGAAUCCCAGAUGAUUUUUAA